UAGACAGAAAAGCAACAGGAACUGGAAUGAAAAGAUCAGUGACUGAUGAUGGCUGCUAAAACUAACAACUCUAGGGUCUAAUAGGGUAGAUGGUUUUCUACGGUGUGUUGUUUUUUUUCUUAUUUCUUUGUUUUAGUCUGAAACGUUUUAAUUGACUGGAUCUAGAUAUAGUAGACUAGAGAAUGAGAAGGAGGCAGGCCUGAGCUGUAACUGUGUGGGUGAGUUAGAUGACGCUGUUAUGAUGUCUACUCUGCUCUUUAAUUUUUUUUUGUGGUGGACCUCUGUCUUGAGUGUUCUCUCAAGUUUAGCAUGGGAAAGUGCAUCUAGUGAAUGACAGCAUCGGUCUUGGAACAUUUGAAAUGGUUAAGUAAUUGAAGCUAGGAAGUUUUUUUGUUUUUCUUACAACAUUUCUGGUGCUUUGUGCAAUACGGUAUGUUGUGUGCAUGUAUUUAUGUACAACUGGUUUAGACAUUUACAUUAAUAUUGUGCUCUUCUAGACUAAUGAUAUGGCCCUUUGCUUUGGCUUAGUCUGAAGCAGUUUAUCUGAUGAAAGAAGUGAGUCAGCUGACUAAAACUCAUAUUCAAUAACGUUGUAGGAAGAGACUGUCACAUUUGCUUAAACAAUUUGUUAACUGAUUUUAACAAAUACAUUUUUAUAGAGAGUUGGGAAGACAGUUGAGACAACUUGACAAUUUUCAUUGAGAUUUUCCUCUGUUACUUUCCAAAUCUCAGUUUACACAGGGUCUCCUAAGAGCUUGUUUGUUAUUUUAAAUUGGGUCCCAGGGACAGGGAGUAAUGUGGUGAUGUGCUGUAGUUCAUUCAUUCAUGAAUUGAGACUGCCUCUAGGGAGCACUGUGAGAGUCUGUGAGGCACCAUGCCAGCGAGACAGUGACUCAGUUUAGGCUGAGCUCUUUUGGUGGUGAACUCUAUGUGGUUCUAGUCCGGGAUCUGACCUCGGCUCAAGAGCUAGCACCAGUCUCUGAGGAGCUCAACUUGAGAUUACUGAAGCCUCCUGGGUUGUUGUGACAGCAGCAGGAGAAGUACAUUGAAAUCAGUUCAUGCAACAGGCUCAAAAGGACGGUAAAUCCACAUAAUAGUCAACUCUGAAAGCCUGCUAUCAUAGACAUUGUUCCUCUUUAAAGUGUGCAAUGAGGGCAGUGUGUUUGAUGCUGACUGCCUUAUUGAUGCUGGAAUAUGUGUGCCGGAGUGACACCAUGUCCACCUGUAAGUCUCUGGACUUGGAGCUGGUGAAGAGGAAACGUAUUGAGGCCAUCCGUGGACAGAUACUGAGCAAGCUGCGGCUACCCAAGGAGCCAGAGAUUGACCAGGAGGGAGACACUGAGGAGGUCCCAGCUUCCCUGAUGUCCAUCUACAACAGCACAGUGGAGCUGAGUGAGGAGCAGGUGCACACGUACAAACCGUCCACUCAGGAUGCAGAGGAGGAGGCAUACUUUGCAAAGGAGGUCCACAAGUUCAACAUGAAACAAAGUGAGAACACCAGUAAGCACCAGAUGCUCUUCAACAUGUCUGAGAUGCGGUCAGUAUUGGGGACUGAUCGACUGCUCUCUCAAGCUGAGCUCCGUCUCCUCAUCAAGAACCAUGGCCUGCUCGACGACAGCGAGCAGAGGCUGGAACUCUACAGAGGAGUUGGCGAUAAGGCACGUUACCUGAAGUCCCAUUUUGUCUCCAAGGAAUGGGCCAAUCGCUGGGUGUCCUUUGACGUAACACAGACUCUGAAUGAGUGGCUGCAAGGGGCUGGAGAGGAGCAGGGAUUCCAAUUGAAGUUGCCUUGUGAUUGUGGUAAACCAAUGGAGGAAUUCAGCUUCAAAAUAUCAGGGAUGAACAAGCUGAGGGGAGAUACAGAAACACUAGCCAUGAAAAUGCCAUCAAAGCCUCACAUUUUACUGAUGUCACUUCCUGUGGAACGCCACAGCCAGCCUAGCUCUCGGAAGAAACGACAAACCACUACUGAAGAGAUCUGCUCAGAUAAAUCGGAGAGUUGCUGUGUGCAAAGACUUUACAUUGACUUCCGUAAGGACCUGGGCUGGAAGUGGAUCCAUGAACCCACUGGCUACUUUGCUAACUACUGCAUCGGCCCCUGCACCUAUAUAUGGAACACAGAAAACAAGUAUUCCCAGUGUUGUUUACCCAACCACAGAUACUGGCUCUGUAUAAGCACCACAACCCCGGAGCCUCUGCCCAACCCUGCUGUGUUCCACAGGUCUUGGAACCCCUACCCAUUAUCUAUUAUGUGGGGAGACAACACAAGGUGGAGCAGUUGUCCAAUAUGAUUGUUAAGUCCUGCAGGUGUAGCUAGAAUUACUGCACAUGUUCUUGACCAUUGUAUUUCCUUGUACUCAUGGGGAUACAAAAUGGGGGCUGAUCCUUUUUGAUGCCGCUGGUUUAGUGUAAAAUGCUUGUCCCUUGGAAAUCAGGAUGUAGUCAAGACAUUCAUUUACGAAGGGUACUAUUAUAAUUGUGUUUGGGUGGUGUCUCUAGUCUUGCAUUUUUCAUUUAGCUUUCCCCAGCAGAGAAUUUGUUUAUGUUUAGUGAUUUGUUAAUGAAUGUUUUUUUAUUUUAAAUAUAUGUAGUGCAUUAUGGAGUUUAAAAAAAUGUUGUUUAGACUUGUCAAUGUCCUGGGUGUGUCAAUAGUCUUGACUUAUUGUCACUGUGUUGCAGUAUUUGUGCUCCCUGGGAAAUAUAGAGGAAAGAGAGAGGCUAAGACGGGAUUAGUUUGGGUUUACUACUUAAAAUAAUGAAUGGAGAAUAGCAACUUCCUCUCAGUAUUUUUGUUAUUAUUCUCUUUUGAAUAAAUGUAUCUGCAUCACACCACUUAUCAAGUCUUUGACAAGAUGGCACAGAUAGAGAUGGCAGCUUCACUUCAAGCCCUUAGGAAACUGUUCUGUAUUUUGUUUUUAAUGUAUUAUUUCUUACAUUGUUAGCCAGAAAAUCUUAAAUGUAAUUACGUAUAGCUGGGAAGAACUAUUGUAUAUCAGAGAGUUACCAGCACUAAGACCAGGAAUACAACUUUCCCAAAGUGGAUCCUUUGUCUGCACCUCCCAGGGUAUUUGAACUGAUUCCAGAGGCCAACUAAAAACAACGCUGUCGGAGGAGAGGGUGCCUGAGCGGUCUUCUAGUGAGGCUUCGGAUGCGCGCACACCGCAAACCGCUUCCGAGUAUAUUACUCGCUAAUGUCCGGUCCCUAGUUAACAAAGUCGACGAAAUUGGGGCAAGAGUUGCUUUCCACAGAGAUAUCCGGGAUUAUAACAUACUCUGUUUCACAGAGACAUGGCUAGCUGGGGACAUGCUGUUGGAGUCCGUACAGCCAAUGGGAUUUUCAGUGUAUCGCACGUACAGGAACAAACAUUUCUCUGGUAAGAAGAAGGGCGGGCGUGUCUGUUUCAUGAUUAACGACUCAUGGUGUAAUUGUAACAACAUACAAGAAUUCAAGUCCUUUUGUUCACCUGACCUAGAAUUCCUCACAAUCAAAUGCCAACCCUAUUAUCUCCCAAGAGCACCCUCCUCGGUUACUGUCACAGCCGUGUAUAUCCCCCCGCAAGCGGAUACGUAGACGGCCAUCAAGGAACUUCACUGGACUUUAUUCAAACUAACAACCAUAAAUCCUAAGGCUGCAUUUAUUGUAGCUGGGGAUUUUAACAAAGCUAAUCUGAGAACAAGGCUACCUAAAUUCUAUCAGCAUAUCGGUUGCAGUACACAGUCGAGUAACACACUCGACUGCUGCUACUCAAACUUUCGUGAUGCAUAUAAGGCCCUCCCCCACCCUCCUUUUGGCAAAUCUGACCAUGACUCCAUCUUGUUGUUCCCCUCUUAUAGGCAGAAACUAAAACAGGAAGCUCCCAUGCUUAGAUCUAUCCAAUGCUGGUCUGACCAAUCGGAUUCCACGCUUUAAGAUUGCUUCGAUUACGUGGACUGGGAUAUGUUCCGGAUAGCCUCAGACAAUUGACGUAUACGCUGACUCGAUGAGCGAGUUUAUAAGGAAGUGAAUAGGAGAUGUUGUGUACUCACUGUGACUAUUAAAACCUUCCCUAACCAGAAA